AUGUUCUUCGCCCGGCUCCAGGUUGUGAAGUCGUUUAUAGUCUUAGAAAUUUCUGCCCAGGUCCUCUUCCUUGAGAUGAGCACAGGAGGUUUCGGCUGGAUUCCAAACCUAACGGAGGUUGAUCACUCACUCGUCUUACCCGUGGCCAUGGGGCUCCUCAACCUUGCCAUCACGGAGGUUAAUGUGCUAAACAGACUCCAGGAGGGGUCAAAACUGCAGAAAUUUGCAACCAAUCUCUUUCGCACUGUCAGCAUCAUCAUCAUACCCAUCGCAGCAACUGUGCCUUCGUGUGUUAUCCUGUACUGGGUAACAUCGAGUGCUUGCGGUUUAGCACAAAACCUGGCUCUCAUGCACCCAGGACUAAGGCGGAUGUGCAGAAUACCUUAUACUCCAUCAGAACGUGAAAACCCCUAUCAACAUCUGUGGGCACAGAUGCAGAAAAGGUUAAGAAGGAAAAGUAAAGAAAUAAAUGGAAAAAAGGAUGGACAGAUAAACUGAUGAAUUAAUGUAAAGUGUAAAGGAACAAUUUUUUGUGAAAUAAUUGUAAAUAAUGAAGAUUUUAUUAUGUAAAACAACUCAAUAAAAAUAAAAAAAUUCAUAAACUAUUUCUUUUACUAUUAUUUUUACUGUUUAGGUCUCAUAUUAAAAGGAAAUACAAAGUGAAAGAGAUAUUGAGAAUGUUGAGA